UUGUCAAGCAUUAAACGCAAAGCGCAAAUUUCCCUUGCUUUGCUUGCUAGUUGCGUUGGUUGGAAAAAAAAAUGUUUUCUAACAACAAAUAAUUCAAUCAAAGCCUUUUCAGGACUCCCAUGUAUUAAAUCUACUCACAAAAUAGCAAAAAUCCACUAUCAUGUAUCGUACAGACAAGCAAUUCAUGAAAAAUCCGGCUACGGCAAACGCUAGGAUCUACAUCGGCAAUUUACCGAAAACAACUGUGGCCAUCGAUUUAGAGGCGAAAUUCUCGGGCCAUGGUAAAAUUUUGGGGCUGGUGAUUAAUACGGGCUUCGCAUUUAUUCAGUAUGAAUUGGAAGAAGAGGCCAAGACUGCUAUCAGAAUGGAAAACAACACAAACAUGAUGGGAAGAAAAAUUAUCGUCAGGCUGGCCCAUGCAGGCAAAGGACAAGGAGGACCACCACAACAACAGCAGCAGCAACAACCCCAACAACAACAAAUUAAGGGCCCUCCUGCUAAAAUGGACUUGCCUCCACCAAGAGCAACAUCACUAUCUAGGGCACCUGACCAGGAACCUGAUAAUAGAAACUUGAAUUUUGAACCUCCAGAUGUUCCUGAAGAUGAAGCAGACUUACAAGAAGAUGAAGAAAUGGACUCUGGUCCUAAUAUCAGACCACCACCUCAACAAAAAUUUGACGAUAGAAGCUCACGAGGUGGCCGUGGUGGUGCUAGAGGUGGUAGGGGUAGCAUGCCGAGAAAUAAUUCGAAAGACAGAUUCAGUCAUCCGCAAAGAGACUUGAGAGAAAUGCCACCGCAAAGAGAUUUAAGAGAUAUGCCUCCACACAGAGGGCCUGGCCCUGGUGUAUAUUAUGACGAUUAUGGUCCGCCACAAGCUCCAGUAGUACCAGAAAUUGUACCGGCCACAGACAGAAAUGACUGUGAAAUAAUUGUAGUCACGAGAGCGCUAACCGAGUAUGCCGAAUUUAUUGAAGGGCGACUCAAACACUUGGGUCUUCUAGUGGAUCUGCUCUUUCCUAAUGAAGCUGUACCCAUUGGCAGGGUACUGGCCAACGUUUCGAGCAGAGGCUGUUUGUACGCCAUUCUUAUUGCCCCACACAACGAAGAACACAGAAGUUUGACUUUGAAUGUGCUGCACGGGCUGCCGCAAGAGCACAGGAACAUGCCCAUCGAUGAUGCCCUGCUUUUGAUGCAGAGAAACUUUGAAGCUUACAUGAGAGGCGAAAAGGCACCAGAAGAUCCUAGCAAGAUGAGUUUGGCAGACAGACAUCCAGCUCCAAUACAGAUGCUCUUCAAUCUUUUGGCUGAAAACCGUCAAUUGAGCAGUAACCAGUACGAAAGACUGCUCAAAUACCUCCAAGAAAGACGUCAGUUGCAAUAUGAACAUGAAAUCUCUGAAGGUUUAGCUCUAGAGCCAGAAGACAAUUCGAAAGAUAAACAAAACGAGCUACAAACAAGAAUAUUGAGCAUUUUAAACAAAUCUAACGAGCCUCCUAUACCUACUUCAAUUACUGCUCCUGAUCCAAUGCCUCAAGAAUCGUCUACCCCUUUGUUGAAAGAUCCUUCGGUGCAAAAAGCUUUGGAGAGUAUAUUGUCUGGGGACAUGUUUAAAGGGAUCGCUGGCGGAUUAUAGAAAUAAGGAUUUAAAGUGAAAAAGUUUUUGCUGGUCAUUGAGCUGAUUUUAGAUGUAAUCUUUUUUUUUUAUUUAUCAGUGGAAAAAAAUGAAAGUGAUGUUUGUCUUGUUAAUUUUUCAAUAACUUGCUAAUUUAGGUUGGUCAAGUUUUGCACAAUUCGCUAGAUUGAUGUAAGACUUUUCCUCUCGAAGUAGAUAUGAAUGUCCCAUGAAUAUACAAAUAUUGAAGUUUUAAUUAAAUUUGUAAUAUCACACCUGGGACAUCUUGGACAAUCCUGUCUUUCAACCCUUACACGCCUGGG